AUGGGCAACACCUGCGUCGGCCCUAGCGCCACCGGCCGCAACGGCUUCCUGGCCAACGUCACCCUGUGGCGGCCGCGCGGCGACGACCCCGCGGCAGCCCCAGCCCUACCGCCGCCCUCCUCCCCCGCCUCCGACAAGGCGCCCGAUCCCGUAACCAUCCCGGAAUCCGAGCAUUCCUCGCACCAUUCAUCCCGAUCCACCGACUUGCCACCACCGGCCCCCGCCUCCCAGCCGCAGGCGCAGGACAACCCUCCGGCGAAGAAGCCCGCGCCCAAGGUCAAGCGUGUCCAGAGCGCGGGCCUCCUCGCGGACUCCGUGCUCAAGCGCGACGUUAACACGGCCCGGCUCAAGGACCUCUACACAAUUGGCAAGAAGUUAGGGCAGGGUCAAUUCGGCACCACCUACCUAUGCGUCGAGAAGGCCACCGGCCGGGAGUUCGCCUGCAAGUCCAUUGCCAAACGGAAGCUGCUCACGGAGGAGGAUGUCGACGACGUGCGCCGCGAGAUCCAGAUCAUGCACCACCUCGCGGGUCAUGCAAACGUCGUCUCCAUCAUCGGCGCCUACGAGGACGCCGUCGCCGUGCAGCUUGUCAUGGAGCUCUGCGCCGGUGGCGAACUUUUCGACAGGAUCAUCCAGAGGGGGCACUAUUCCGAGAAGGCGGCCGCGCAGCUGGCCAGGGUGAUAGUCGGCGUCGUCGAGGCGUGCCACUCGCUCGGCGUGAUGCACAGGGAUCUUAAGCCGGAGAAUUUCUUGUUUAUCAAUCAAAAGGAGGACUCGCCCCUGAAGACCAUCGAUUUUGGCCUGUCCAUCUUCUUCAAGCCAGGCGAGAUGUUUACAGAUGUCGUUGGAAGCCCAUACUAUGUUGCACCUGAGGUUCUGCUAAAAUACUAUGGCCGUGAGGUUGAUGUCUGGAGUGCUGGUGUCAUAAUCUAUAUCCUGUUGAGUGGAGUCCCUCCAUUCUGGGAUGAAAGUGAACAAGGGAUAUUUGAACAAGUUUUGAAAGGUGACUUGGACUUUUCGUCAGAGCCCUGGCCUAGCAUCUCAGAGAGUGCAAAGGAUUUGGUCAGGAAAAUGCUUAUUCGUGAUCCAAAGAAGAGAUUGACUGCCCAUGAAGCCUUAUGUCACCCUUGGGUUUGUAUUGAUGGAGUUGCUCCUGACAAGCCUCUUGAUUCCGCUGUUCUAAGCCGGCUGAAACAAUUUUCUGCAAUGAAUAAACUAAAGAAAAUGGCCCUUAGGGUUAUUGCUGAGAGUUUAUCUGAGGAAGAAAUUGCAGGAUUAAAAGAAAUGUUCAAAAUGCUUGACACUGACAACAGUGGUCAUAUCACAAUGGAGGAACUAAAACUGGCUUGCAGAGAGUUGGCGGAUAUCGACAAUAGUGGCACAAUUGAUUAUGGGGAAUUCAUUGCUGCAACUUUGCAUAUAAACAAAGUUGAAAAGGAGGAUAAGCUCUUUGCUGCUUUCUCAUACUUUGACAAAGAUGGCAGUGGUUACAUAACUCAAGAUGAGCUCCAAAAGGCAUGUGAGGAGUUUGGUAUAGGGGAUACCCGACUUGAGGAUAUUAUUGGGGACAUCGAUCAGGACAAUGAUGGCCGGAUCGACUACAAUGAGUUUGUUGCAAUGAUGCAGAAGGGAGAUAAUCCUCUGGGAAGAAAGGGACAUCAAAGAGCAGAUGUUUCCCUUCAUAGCAAAGUUAGCAUUCAGCAACUAAGAAAUCCGGGGUCGCUGAAGCAACCUAGGACUAGGAGCGUGAACUUUUGCCGGAAAGCAGCAACCUCACCAAAUUAA